AUGUGCUCCACUGGAGUCCUACUAGCUCGCGCAUGUGCUGUGCUCAUGUGUUGGGCCGUCGUGGCGCGAGCACCGCCGGCCAAGGUCCAUGCCGCCGGGACAGGGAAUGGGCACCUUGGUAUCCCUACCAAUGCCUCCCAGGCGCACUGUCCCUCCUACUGUGGGGAUGUCAAAAUCUCGUACCCCUUUGGGAUAGGGCCGGGCUGCUUCCGGCAAGGCUUCGAGCUCACCUGCUACAACACAACUGGUUCUCCCAGGCUGUUCCUAGGAAACUCAACUCAGGUGACUUCUAUAGAUGUCGUCAGCAAUUAUGUUUUGGCUUCUGCUGUUGGGUACAAUAUCACCAUGGGCUUAGGUGUGGACACCUACAUGAUCACCAAGUCCUGGAAGGUCCCUACUGAGGGUGUCAUUCUACGUGAAACCCAAAUGUAUGUUGUUGGCUGUGGUGUCGAAGUAUACAUGCUCGGUGAUAAUGCGACGGAUCUCAUUGGUUCUUGCAUGAGUAUUUGCCCAGAUAAUAGAGAGAUCAUGGAGAGGGCAAACAUGGGCUACGGUGCCUGUGAAGGGUUUGGCUGCUGCGCCAUCUGGUCAUCAUUAGCGGGCCGGCAAGCAAUUACUCUCAAGCUUGGCCGCCGCAAUAGUACGAUUGCACUGUUAGAUGAGGCGCGCUCUAGUAUCAAGGUCAUCUUUUCGGAAUACUAUCACUUCGUUAUAGGUGAUCUUUAUGCAAGUUGGGUGAAUACAAGCAAUGUUCGAGGUAUGUUACUUGACAUUGCAAUCACGGACCGACCAAGCUGCGCAAGUGCCCAAUCCCAAGAGAACAACGAUACCUAUGCAUGUAAUAGUGAAAGCAUCUGCAGGGAUCUACCAGUAUCUCGAGGAGGCUACAAUUGCUUCUGCCCUGGUCAAAUGGAAGGCAACCCCUAUGUUGUAGCUGGCUGCAUAGGUUCGUGUGCCUCUCUCUGCUUCUUUUUUCGCAUGACUUAA